AUGGAAAAUUCAGGUUUCAACGAUGAAGAAGAUGAAUCUGCGGCCCUGCGCAGAAGUCAGAUGAACCGAUUGGACCGGGAAGAUGAUUUCUAUCAAUUUGUAAAUAACCUGAGUGAAGAAGAUUACAAGCUUAUGAGGGAUAACAAUUUGCUAGGCAUCCCAGGUGAAACUACAUUAGAAGAGUUGCUGAGGAAACUUCAAUGGAUUAAAGACAACCCAUGGCAAAAUUCAGACGAAAAUACAGGUGGAGGAGAUUCUUCUGACAAUACAUCUAGUGAUGACUCUCUAUUAGAUCGGGUUAACUCUUUCGGACAAACUGAAAAUGCAACAAGUGGGCAAACAGAAAACCAGUAUUGGGAAGAACUGAGCCAGAUUAAUUCAAAUAGCGAUAAUGCCAGAUUUGGUUUAGAAAUAAAUUUUAAUGUUAAUAACGGGAGCCCAAAUCCAGAGAACGAAUAUGUACCAUCCACAAGACUUCCCAGAGGAGACAAUAUGGAAAAUAUCCAAAGGCAAGUGGAAAAUUCACAAUCUGAAUCAUUUAUUAGACCAUCUACACCAGAACAAAGUACAACUGAAGCAUUAAUAGAAGCCCCAGUUACCAGAGGACAGCGAAGAGCAAGAAGCAGGAGCCCAGAGCAUCGGAGAACCAGGGCAAGAACUGAAAGUAGUUCAGCUCCAAAUUCACUGAAUGAACUUUUACUAAGAUUUCAUCAGAAUAUAGCACCUGAGAUUUUUGAGCAGCUUCUGGUAGAGGAGACUGAAUUAUUUUCUAGAAUUCAGCACGAAGACACAUCAAGACAGGAAAUAACUGGACCCGAGCUGCAAAAUAGGGGUCUUUUUUCAACUUCUAGAUUCACUGAAUCUUCGGAAUUGGAACAGAUAAGUUCAACUAUACUGUUCAAUCUUGAAGUAGGACAAGUUCAUCUUGAGGCAUAUUCUCACACUGAUAGCAUAGAUAGCACAACUCCAUUAACAUAUGAGACACCAUACAACACUGUCACUUUAGACAGUGAACAAGAAGAACUUAGUCAUAUGUUUUCAUAUUAUGAGCAGACAGAUGCUUAUCUCAGUACCACCGGAAUUCCCAUUCACAGACUUUUAAAUACGGAUUUAAAUGAUACAACAUCUAUUACAAUUCAGAACACAUCUACAGAGACAAUGACAAGAUUCAGUGACUCAAGUGAAUUUAUGGACAGUGACAGUAAUAUAAUAGACAGUGUCUCAACCUCAAGUCAAAACACAGAAAGGGCAGAGUCACCAGAUGAGAGAGAUGGUUCUGGUGGUUGGACAAGUUCUGGUUCCAAUUCAAAUUCUAGUUCCGAUUUACAUUCAAAUUUUCCACUGAUUUCCAGUACAAGUUCCAGUUAUGUAUCUAGUUUCAAUUCUAGUCCUAUUUCCAGUUCCAGCUCCAGUGAUGAAAAUUCAGAAAUUAGAUCACUGAUGUUUGAAGACAGUAAUGAAAUAAGCUUACCAUCAGGAUCACCAUCAGAAACCAGGCGAGAAAGGAGACCUAUGAGCCCAGUAAUAUUUGAAGAAAGUAACUCUUGGGCCUCCCUUAAUUUGGACCAUUUUUUCCUCUUGAAUGAAGACCAUCAUGACCAACCUAAAGGACUCACCAAAGCACAAAUUGACAACUUGCCUAUAAGAUCUUUCGGUAAAUGUGCUGUAUUAAAAGCCUGUACUAUUUGCAUCACAGAGUACACAGAAGGCAACAGACUUCGCAUCCUACCUUGCUCCCAUGAAUUUCAUGUCCACUGUAUCGAUCGCUGGCUGUCGGAGAACUCUACCUGUCCUCUUUGUCGUGGAAAAGCAGUAGAUUCUGGUGAAAGAGAAAAUUCUGAUUGA